AUGCUGCAUUCGUCCUUCUGGCAUCACGGCGCCGGUGACCUCGACCUGCCCACAUGGUGGGCGUCGGCGCUGCAGCAUUCCCCUGCGCCCGACUCGCAGCUCCACGAUCCUCCGGAAGAAAGCGGCAGGAAUGCUGCCAGACAAACCCCAGCGCCAGAUGGGCUGUUCCUGGACUUCCUGUACCCCGCUAAGACUCUGGCUUUGAUGCACCGCCUUUCCAAUUGCGGGUGGGAAGGCUGGCAGGCCCAUCAGACUCGCGUGGCGACCACGGGACGGGUGCGGCACUACUCUUCCAAAACUACGGGUCCUGGGAACGAGAACGAGCCCAAUGCCACCUCUCCCUUCCCAGAUGAAGAUUUGUCCAGCGAGUCUGACGCUUUUGGUCCCGAUGCCAAUGCCGAUGCCUAUGCCGAUGCCUAUGGCGACUUUAUCCCAGCCUCCGGCGACCAUGUCCCUGGUCCCAAUCGCGACGAUCCUUUCCAGGACAUAUCGCCCAUGCCGGUGGGCAACAUGUCCGGAUUCGAUUCCGACUACCUGGAAGAUCUGGACACACAUGCUCAAGAAUGGGUGCAACGAGUGGAAAAUCCGUCUGAACAGCUUCGCUUCCUUCUGGAAGAUGCUGAUAGUGACAGCAAGGUAGUCUGGAAGCUCUGGAAAAUGGCUCGGGAAGCGGAUCCACCACCGGAACUGGCAGCUUCUGCCCUGGAAUAUUUUGUCUCCGUGAGACCGUUUAUUCGGACCCUUGCUGAUGAAGUCGUUGCCAUUUUCAAUGCCUUGGCCAUGCAAGACCGACGAGCCUCGUCUUACAAGGGUGCAAUCAUCUCAUAUCUCCGGAUGGGCAAGCUUGGGAAAGCAGCCCUGGUCCACGAGGAAGGCAUUGAAUCGAGGAAAGCUCUGGGCGGCAACAUCGCCACCUCGGAUCUCCUAGCUCACGCAAUCGCGCAAGGACAGUGGCAGUUGGCAAUCGAGGCGUACACAGCAAUGGGAUCCCUGAUCGGACCCCAGCUGGAGUUCUGGUCGGUGGUGAAGAAAAACCACAAGCUUCCCUUUCUCACCGAGUCCUUCUUGAUUCACUUUCGGCGAAUGCGGCUGUUGACUGGGAGAAAACCGGAGGAACAGGACCAGAUCCAUGCGUUCGCCACAGAGUUCGGUGCACGAGCGAUCAAACAAUUUGCACACAAUGCACGCAGUGCAGCAAGUGGACUCAACUUGUAUCGCCUCCUGAUGAGGCUGAGGCGAGAUGGUUUUCUUGAGGCACGUCAUUUCGAACUCGCACUGCAAGGCUUGCUAGGAUCGAAAAGUGUCAAGCAAGCUGGAGAACUUCCCUUGGUGGUCCGGAAGCUGUUCCACAAGUAUAUCGCGAUUGCGAAGGCCGACCCGUCCAUCACUGUCAAUGACAGGGUGCUUUAUACGGUUCUUUACGCGAUUAAGCAAACAAUGAAUAUAUCCCAGGGCUCUCGGAUAAGAGGACCGCGUCUGGACAUCAGCCAUGUCGUCGAUGCUGCAGCUCAUUUCUUCGAGCGACCGCCGAAUGCGAUAUUGGAACUGCUCAUGGACGCCUUUUCCCAGGUCGGGGACGUCCAAAAAACGAAGGUUUACUUCAGACAAGUUCCAGUCCCGCAGCGCAAACCGUGGCAUUGGGAGUACGUGCUCAAGGCAUUCGCCAGGCGUGGAGAUACCAUUGGUGCCACCCAAAUGUUUGAGGAACUCACCCAGGAAAUGGGCAGGACACCGCAUGUGAGAGCUUGGAACACAUUACUGCAUGCGUUUGCCAGGGACGACGAUCUCGUGGGUGCCAACCGAGUCUUCGAAAAGUUGAUGGAAUCAUCCAUCCGACCCGAUGCAUACAGUUUCACUGCAAUGCUGGACCUGUUGUCCCAGAGGGGUGAUGUUGAUGGUGUCAAGGACAUGUUUGCCUUGGCCUCGGACGUUGAUCCGGACAUCACCAAAUCAACCGACGUGGCUGGAUAUCUUGUCACCGCCUUCAUCAACAACGACGACCUCGACACUGCCGAGAUGGUUGCCGAGCAGUUAUGGAAACGCAGGGAGUCCGGCCGAAUGCAAGGCUCUUUCAGGCCCAUCUGGAACCUUCUUGCAACCGCCUAUGCGUUAAGACGUGACGUCGCUUCGACUCGGCGAAUCUACGAGGAUAUGCAGUCAAACGACACAGCGCCUGACGAGAUGACGUACGCUGCACUGCUGCAAGCCUUGUGUCUGACUCGCAACACAGACGCAGCACACAAGAUCCUCCGGCUCGUCAUCCCGACGAAACCGGCGAAGCCCAUGGCGCUCCAUUACGCCAUUGUCAUGGCUGGGUAUAUCAACGAGGGCAGCUACGAGAAAGUGCCCGCGGUCGAUAGGCUUCGCAAGAUGCGGGGCAUCCGUCCCAGUACGAGUACUCGAAUAACCGUUGCGAAGGCUGUGGCUUUGUCAGAACACAUUGGCCGAUACAAGAAGAGGCAGGCGUCAGACUUCACGCGCACGAACAAGGUCGUGACCGACAUGGUGCUCAAAGAGAGCGCGUGGGAAUGGGUCAUGGAGCCGCAGACUGGUCUUGGGUUCCGAAGCCUGGGCGAGGCGGCUGGAGCUUACCUUGACAUAGUCAUGCUCAUCCAGGGAGACAAGGGCGCUUUCGACACUGUCGAGCAACUCUACCAGGUGUAUGGAGAACAGCGCGAAAAGCUCAGAGACCCAGACACCAAUUACACGGCCGUGGCAAUGUCGCCCCCACUGCGAAUGUUGGUCUCCCUCAUGAAUACACAGUUCAAGGCAGGGGUCUACGAAGAUGUGGAAAGAUUGUGGAAUCUCGCCGUGGAGAAAGCUGCGGUUAUGACGCAGCAGACUCUUCCCGAAGCAGCCAAACAUCCCGAGCACAGGUAUCCGCGUGCCAACCCUUUGUCCCCCACACGUCGUCACUUGCUCAGCCGGCCGUUGGUCAUUUACCUCCGCGCCUUGCAUUUCCAGGGCAGGUAUGCAGAUGCCCAGCGCGUCGUCUCAGGGCUGCUGGACCAGGGGUACACGCUGGACAACCUGGCGUGGAACCUGUACCUCCAGCUCCUGGCCCGCACCGGCCGCAUCAGCUUGGCUUUCAGCCUCUGCGAACAAUACCUCAUGGACCAGUGGAUCGGGUGGCGCUUUUCCGAGCAGGGCCUGCGCCGCCGCUACACACGUACACGUGGCUGGGAGUAUAUGAACAUCAACCCCAACCGCACCAAGCCCAACGUCGUCAUGCCGCAGUACCGCACCAUGGUUUUCUUGGCCGCGGCGCUGAAGUACGUCAGGCGUUUGCGGGCCGUCGGCGGUGGAAGGGCGUUGGGUGAUGAUGAUGGGAUGCCGCUCACCGAGGAGCUGCUGAGGUCGUCGGCGCCGCGAACCAUGGCUGCGCUGCAGGCUAUGCCGCUCAUUGACGACGAUCUACAGACGAAGUUUUUGAGGGAUGAUUGA